UUUCCGAAUAUUCUUGACAUUACCUACUGUAGCAUGGCGGUCAUGAUUGCGCCGUGGAAUCCCGAUGCACUUCUGCGCAUCAGGGGCAACGCGAAACAAGGAGAAAUCCAAUGCUCCGGCAUCAAUCGCAGCGCCAAAAGAAGGGGCUCACGAUGCGGAUUUCACAAAUAUAAGGACAACAAAGACAACAUCAAAGUUCAAAAGAGGCUCCUAUCGCUAGCAAGCAAGGCCCCCUCCCAAGUCACCCUCCAAGAUCUCGCUGAACUGGCGGAACUAUGCCUUUGCAGGGACAACCACUAUUAUCAAAAGGACGACCUUGCCGAGGAAUGGAUGGAGAUGGUGGAGGGGUUUGCAGCUAUCCAACUUGCCGCUGAGACACAUCUUGCGGCCCGUCUCGACGAAGAAACAAACGCCAAGCAAGUCGCCGAACAAGAGCUCAACGACGCCCAGACCAAAAUCUCAAAUCUGUCAGUUGAGAUUGGGAGUCUCAAGGCUCGUCUAGCGCAAGUCGAGCUGGACAGAACUUUGGCGGAGGACAAGUUGGCGAAAGUAACAACGGAUCUUGAAGUACAAGCUCAGAGGUACAAGAAUCUUCUCCACAAGGUUAAGAAAGUACACGACUACAAGGUUCAGGCCCUUGACAACCAGUUGGCGGCGGCGAACACCAAGUGCGCCAGCCUUGAACAGGAGAUGGACGCCAAACUCUCAUUGGCGUCGAAGGAACGUCAGUCUUUGUCGGAAGAGCUUGCCAAGCUCAAGCGCCAGUUGGAGGAUGCCACCGAACAAAACCGCAGCUUGACCACGGAGAAUGCGGACUUGGAACAACAGCUGCGAACCACUACACAAGUUUUGGGGCAAAAACAUCAACGAAUUUCCAUGUUCGAGAGAGAACUAGAGGUAGAGAGAACAAAACCACUCUUGGUUCGGGAAGGCCAGGAGAAACAACGAGGUCGAAGUUGGCUUGGUCGACUUGGGCGGUGGUUCAGGGGAAGACGAUCCGAGUCCCAAGUAUAAACGGCGAAUGGACCGAACUUCAAGGUCGUGGACUAGUGGAGGACGGAUAUAGUUCAAUUUUGUACUUUGUUCCACAUGGUGUUAUGGAUUACUAGUAGGUACUAUGACAUUGCUCUAGAGUAGGUACCCUUCCUUCAACUUGUCGGUUUACA